AUGUCUGCAGAGCCCAGUGACUCUAAACCAGAGACUCCUUUGGAGGACACUCCAAUGACGGGGACUGAGGAGGCCAACAACGAGCAGCCCGCUGAGACUUCCGAGGCCGAGAAGCCUGCUGAGCCAGAACCCGUUGAUCUUGAAAAGGUUAGAGCAGCUUUCCAAGAGACUGCGAAGAAUUAUCUCAUUGAACAGUCAAGACACGUUGUUAUUCCAUCAUUCUCCAAAUGGUUCGACAUGAACACCGUUCAUCUGAUUGAGAAGAAACUGUUCCCUGACUUUUUCCCCUCCAAAAAUGAAGAAAACCCAUCCACUUAUAAGACUCCAGAAGUGUACAAGAAUCUGAGAGACUUCAUGAUCAACUCCUACAGGAUAAACCCAAUUGAAUAUUUAACAGUCACGGCCGUGCGUCGUAACUUGGCAGGUGAUGUUGCCAGUAUAAUCCGCAUACAUCGUUUCUUGGAAAAAUGGGGAUUAAUCAACUACCAGAUAGACCCAAGAACCAAGCCUACUCUAGUCGGUCCACAGUACACGGGGCACUUUCAAGUCACUUUGGAUACUCCCCAAGGCUUAGUUCCAUUUAUUCCAGAAAGCUCCAAGGUCAAGAAAGCUGAGUCUUCAGCAGCUACAACCUCCGACACCAGUGAUCAAAAGUCCACCACCGAAAAUUCUGUCAAGUUGGAGGAAAAGGAUGAUGGAUCCAUUCCACUUAAUUUGGAAGUUACUAGAAAUAUCUUUGACGAGUCUACAAAUCAAAAAGCGCCAAACUCGGUGCUGUACUUUUGCAAUGAGACAUCCAAUGAUGUCAGCAAAGUGAGAUACCACAAUCUCAAGAGCAAGGCUCUGACAAGUGGAAGCUUGGGUCCGCUGGUCAUCAGCAAGGAUGUUUACGACCAAGGUUUGUUCCCAUCGAACUUUACUUCGUCCGACUUUAUCAAAUUGGAGCAGAGCUUCAAGCAAAAGGAAUGGACGGAACAGGAAGUCCUUCUUCUUUUGGAGGGUGUCGAAAUGUAUGCCACCUCUGAGAUAAAUAACCAGACUCUUUUCCUUAACAACAAUGGUCAAUGGGAUAAGAUCAGUGAGCAUGUCGGUUCGAAGUCUCGUGAUGAAUGUUUGAUCAAAUUCUUGCAGCUUCCUAUUGAAGAAAGGUACUUGAACAAGCUAAUCAAGCCCGAGAACGAAGAGCAGAAGGAACCAGCUGGUUUGGAUAAGGAAACGAUCAUUCAGGAUGUCGUGAAAAAGUUGAUAGAGACGAAAGAUGGCAAACAAAUGUUGGAGGGUAACGCUAAGAAGAACUUGGAGCAAACGGUGCUUGAUCAAACAAACCUCGUAAACCAAGUUAUUGAGCUUACGUUGGAAAAGUUUGACGCUAAAUUGAAGUUAAUCAACCACUUGGAGGCUGACCUCAUCAAGACCGAAAACUUGUUGAACUUGCAAAGAAAACAAGCACUUAUCGAGAGAUGGUUAAACUUCGAGAAAGUUAGCAAGUUCAAGAAGGAAAACAAUAACCCCGAGUUAGAGCCUUUGUUGAAUGAGUUAUUGACGCCGAUCAACAUUAACGAAAUCAACAAGAACUUUAACAAAAUCAACUUAGAUAAAGGAGAAGAGGCAAAGAUGGAUGUGGAUAAAGAGAAGCAAGUGGAGCAGGAAGCUUUGCCUAUAAGCGUGGCAAAGCCAAAGGCUUACCAGUUCUGGUCCGCAUGA